AUGCUGGACGCUUUAGUCUUAGAUCGAGUCGACUUUGUGAAGCUCCUGAUUGAAAAUGGAGUGAACAUGCAACACUUUCUUACCAUUCCGAGGCUGGAGGAGCUUUAUAACACAGGCAACCUCCCUCCUGACUACCACAUCAGCCUCAUAGACAUAGGGCUCGUGCUGGAGUACCUCAUGGGAGGCGCCUACCGCUGCAACUACACUCGGAAGAGCUUUCGGACCCUUUACAACAACUUCAGAACCGUGAAAAAUGUGCUUAUCUCCAUUCAGGAUGAUGAGCCUCCAGCCAAAGGGAAGAAAAAGAAAAAGAAGAAAAAGGAGGAAGAGAUCGACAUCGAUGUGGACGAUCCUGCUGUGAGUCGUUUCCAGUACCCCUUCCACGAGCUGAUGGUGUGGGCUGUGCUGAUGAAACGCCAAAAAAUGGCGGUCUUCCUAUGGCAGCGAGGCGAGGAGAGCAUGGCCAAGGCCCUGGUGGCUUGUAAGCUCUACAAGUCCAUGGCCCACGAGUCCUCUGAGAGUGAGCUGGUGGACGAUAUCUCCCAGGAUUUGGACAACAACUCAAAGUGGGACAAGAGGGCUACAGGCGGCUGA